CAUCACAUUGGGUAUGACUACCAUGCCAGACGGAUGUCAUCAUAAACGAAUCAGCCGAGACCGAAUCAAAUGAGCACGAAGAAACGCAGCUACCGAUCCAGAGGGUAAGAUAAGAUAACUGAAAAACUAAGUGACGGUAGGUGAGCUGUGUAUUUGAACGCAAUAAAAGUGCAAGGAAGGCAACAGUGUUACGCAGCAGAUUGAACCAUUCGGACUCAAAGCGGUUUGUUAAGUUAAAAAUUGCUGGCAAAGUGAUACCACAUCUUUGGACGAUCCCGUCAUUUUAAGUUUAACUUUCCAUGUGGUGCAGACAGUGCGAUCAAUUUAACCAAAAGUUGGUAACCUACGAACAAGUAUUGCAUAGCGGAUAAACCAUUCGCAAAGUGAAGUGAAAUAAACUGUGCAUUAGCGAGAAAAAUCAUUGAAAGAUUCCAAAGACUGCAGUUACUACUUGUGAGCAGUUUCAGUUGAAUACAAAAUUGAGAGAGAUAUUUCAAUGAGUUGCAAUAAUAUGGAAGCUCAACAGGCAUCAACAUCUUCUAACAGGUACGAAUGUGGAAGUAAUCCCGGCAACCAUGGCAUCAGUUACGAGAAGGAUCUCGCAUUCGUAACCUUUGUAGCGGCUUCCUUGGAAGAAAGUAAGUUCAAGCUGGCCGUAGAGAUGACAGCAGCAGAGAAAUUCGAUGACGUGGUAGUUUUCAAAGAAGAAUCCAAAGAGGUGUUGUUAUUCCAGGCCAAACAUUCCAUUAAUGGAGGUCACGUAUUGUACGACGACCUACUCUCUGAUGAUCCGAGAAAAAGCAAAGACUUUGCUUUUUCUCGGUAUAUUCAAUCUUAUCUGAGGAUUAGAGAAAACAAAGUUUUUGAAGGUUAUAAACCAACAAUCAUUAUAUUCACUAAUAAAUCACUGAAACGAACCGAUGAGCUUAACCAGUUGAUGAAUAUCCAAAUACAAAACGUGAACAGCAUCAUUAAAUGGUGCGAUUCCAAGAAAAAUCUUUGUUUUGAGCCACUUAACGAUGAAGUAAUCAGAAAAAUUAACGAUAUAAUUAAUUCAGAGCUGUUACAAAUCCAAAAACACAUAGACAAACUUGUAAAAACUGGAAAAAUUUCCGAUUUGCUGAUGCAAUACAAGACACCAUUGCAAAAUAUUCUUAAAAUUGCUGAUGGAAAAAUAAGUUUCAAAGAGCCUGCAGUGGAUAGCAAAGAUAUGAUAACUCAUCGAUGGAUGCUUGCCGAGUUUAAUUUGAAGCCGAAUGAAAACUUUCCAAUGAAUAGAUUAGACGACAAAACUGUUAAAAGCUUGAAUAGUUUUUUUACCGGAAAAUCGAGGAACAAUCUUCUUCCUGUGUAUGUCGAAGAAGAACAAAUGCGGGAAUUUUUUCAAAGUUUAAUUUUCUGUGCAGAACAACCAACUGACCUAAGAAGUGUUGCCGAGAAAAUGAUAAGCUCCUGGAUGCCACGGUGGGUUGACAGUGAUCUUGCACGGGAAUUAAAAUAUUUUGACACAGUCUUCAACAAAUGGCACGCACAAAUACUGAAACAAAAAGACUAUCUUACAUUUCAAAAACAGGGUUUGGAUUGCAUUCAAUAUAUAAAGUCAGAAUUGAAGAAAAAAUUUGAAAAUAAGCAUUCUUUGAUUGCAGCCAAUUUAUCAAUAUAUGUCUCGCGCACCAUAAUUAAAACAAUAAAUAAAAAAGACGACGACGAAAUAGAACCACAAACUAAUCGCUUAACAUUGAAUCACGAAUCAUUUGAAGGGAAAAGCAAAGUACAAACUAUCCAAAUGAGUGAUCAGGAUUUUAUUGAACAGAUCUAUCAGCAGAACGCGUUAUCAGCAGGAACAAAAUGUCAAAUACUUAUUGGAGAACCCGGUAUGGGAAAAACCACAUUAAUUUAUAAGUUGUUUUGGCAAUCACAAAACCUUAAAAAUGUAGCCGUUUAUCUAAUCCGUUUAAAAAAUCUUAAUUUUAGCGAAGAAAGAAAAAGUGAUCCCCUGCACAUCUUUGAACAUGAACUGCCCCAAGAGAGUGGGAAUAUUUUGCGAAAUUAUUUGGAAAGUUCGGAAAUUCAAAUUGUAUUCCUUUUAGAUGGGUUUGAUGAAAUGAAUCCAGCUCACCAACAUUCAGUACUGACAAUAUUUGAAAAAAUUCUGGAGAAAAAGAACACUCAAUGCAUAAUUACGGGAAGGAAACAUGUUUGCAAACUGCUCGAGGACAGAUUUAAAGCGCAUGCGUUGAAGCUGAAACCGUUCGACUACAACGAACAAGUAAAAUUUUUAAAAUUGUUUUGGAGGGGCGAAAGCAGUGAAGCUCUUUUCAUGAAAUUUGCCGAACAGUUGCUCAAAAAGUUCCAUAACGAAAUCAAAGGGAAGGAUUACGACUUCACAGGGCUUCCCCUGAUGAUACGAAUGUUGGCAGAGGUUUAUGCUGAAGAUUUUCAAAAGUUUCUCAAAACAGAAACAACUGAUGCAACUUGUACAUUUGAGUCGGAAAAACUUAAUGUACUUAAUUUGUUUGAAAAGUUUGUGAAAAUAUCUUUCAACUUAAAAAUGAAGAGUAAGGAUAGAAAAGCUGUAUACGCAUAUGAUGAAAUUGAGGAUGAAAUUGAUGAGGAAAUAGAACCUAGUUUUGACUUCUUUAUGGAACAACUUAAAUUGUUAGCCAUCCAAUAUUUGAAAAUCGAAGAGUUGCAAGAUGUUAUAAAGAAACCUCCGUUUAAUAAAAACAACAAUCGACUUCUGGAACGUUUUCGGAGAGGAAAUGAAAAAUCUAUGCUUAUCAGUGCCUCAUCUGCAGAUAAAAUAGAUUUCAUUCAUUUGUCGUAUGCUGAAUACUUUGUUGCAAAAUUUAUAUUUGAUCACAUAGAUGAAUGCAAAUUUUUACUGAUGGAAAUAAUAGAAGAUCGAGAAGUUGUACGAAAAUUUUUCUUCUUAAUGGUGGAGCACAAGUGUAAUGAAAAUUCUGAACAAAUGCAAAUAGUGCAAAGUCUGUAUAGUCAGAACACAGAGGUUGUCGUCUGGGCUUGUCUUGGUGGUAACGAGAAAAUAGCAAUGCGUUUGCUACGAAAGUCGAAAAUCAACUCUAAUGACCCACACCACAAAAUUCUUAUGCACGCCGCAGUUGAUGGAGGUUCAACCGGUUUAGUCAUGGCAUUACUUGGUGAAUUUCAAUUAUCUGUGAACAUUCAAUACGGUUAUGAUUUUAUUGAGGACAAUGAAUUUGAAUUUGGAGUAGAUUUAGAAUACAGUUUUUAUGGAACUCCUCUCCAUACAGCCGCUGACAAUGGUUAUAUUGAAAUGGUGAAAUUUCUAAUUGAUCACAAUGCAAAUAUUGACACUAAGGACGAUAACGGAUGGACACCUCUCCAUCGUGCAUCCCAAAAUGGACAUCUUGAGGUUGUGAAAUUACUGAUUGAUAAUAGAGCAAAUGUUGACACUACGCAAAACAAAGGAUGGACACCUCUUCAUGUGGCAUCCCAAAAUGGUCAUCUUGAGGUUGUAAAAUUACUGAUUGAUAAUGGAGCAAAUGUUUACACUACGCAAAAUGAAGGAUGGACACCUCUUCAUGUGGCAUCCCAAAAUGGUCAUCUUGAGGUUGUAAAAUUACUGAUUGAUAAUAGAGCAAAUGUUGACACUACGCAAAAUAAAGGGAUUACACCUCUGUAUGUUGCAUCCAAAAAUGGUCAUCUUAAGGUUGUGAAAUUACUGAUUGAUAAUAGAGCAAAUGUUGACACUACGCAAAAUGAAGGAUGGACACCUCUUCAUGUGGCAUCCCAAAAUGGUCAUCUUGAGGUUGUAAAAUUACUGAUUGAUAAUAGAGCAAAUGUUGACACUACGCAAAAUAAAGGGAUUACACCUCUUCAUUUGGCAUCCCAAAAUGGUCAUCUUGAGGUUGUAAAAUUACUGAUUGAUAAUAGAGCAAAUGUUGACACUACGGAAAGUAAACGGAUUACACCUCUGUAUGUUGCAUCCAAAAAUGGUCAUCUUGAGGUUGUAAAAUUACUGAUUGAUAAUGGAGCAAAUGUUUACACUACGCAAAAUGAAGGAUGGACACCUCUUCAUGUGGCAUCCCUAAAUGGUCAUCUUGAGGUUGUAAAAUCACUGAUUGAUAAUAGAGCAAAUGUUGACACUACGCAAAACAAAGGAUGGACACCUCUUCAUGUGGCAUCCCAAAAUGGUCAUCUUGAGGUUGUAAAAUUACUGAUUGAUAAUGGAGCAAAUGUUUACACUACGGAAAAUGAAGGAUGGACACCUCUUCAUGUGGCAUCCCAAAAUGGUCAUCUUGAGGUUGUAAAAUUACUGAUUGAUAAUAGAGCAAAUGUUGACGCCAAGACUGCAAACGGGUCGACACCUCUCAAUAUUGCAUCUGAAAAUGGUCAUCUUGAGGUUGUUAAAUUACUGAUUGAUAAUGGAGCAAAUGUUGACACUACGCAAAACGAAGGAUGUACACCUCUCCAUAUGGCUGAAAAUGGUCCUCUCCAUAUAUGCUGAAAAUGGUCGUCUUUGUUGAAGAGCUAGUCCGCUAAGACCACGCAUAUCCCAGCGAGGCUAGCCCGUCCACAUCCGAUUGCAAAUCAUAAAGAAAUACAAUACAGUAGAUGUUUCCUUCAACUGGGCAGCUAACUGGCUGAUACCUCAAUCAGCAGCUGCAACUCUCUUUAUUCAAACCAUUUACAAUUCAUCAUUCUACACAAAUAUCAUACCUCUCUCAACAAAUCUGCCACACGUGUUUUACCUACGACGACGCAUGCUUCUCAACCGACGAUUCUUCUACCUGAGGCGCGACACUACCUCUAUUCCAACACUCCUCCUUAGGGUCGCAACCUCGACUCUCGAUCGUCUCCUUCUGUCUCGAAACUCCUCCUCGUUCCGAACCUCGUACAUGCUCCGUCAACCAUCCGAGCUCCUCCUGACUUCGAUCCUGUCCACGAGCUCCUUUGACCAGCCAGCUACCAUCCAGUGUCCUGUAUCGCCUACAUUCCCGAUAGAUCCCGUCCUCCGUUGCGGCCAAUCCAUCCAGCCUGAGGAUCCCGUUCUGCGCCACGCGGCUUAUGCGGCCAAUCCUCCUCCAGAACGAUACAUGCAGUGAGAACACGUUCCUGGGCACAUAACCUGUUGAAAUAAAA